AUGGACGCACGCGCCGGCACCCCGCUCACCCCAUCCUACAGCCGCGACCCCUCCACCGCCGCCGUCACCGGAAACCCUAGCGCGGGGAGCGUUGGCCUCGCCACCGCCGGAGCUCCUCCGAGCAUCGGCCUCGUGCGCGGCCUCUUCAUGCCGCUGCGGAUGACCUCGGCGGCGGAUAGCUUAUUUGCAUUGUUCUAUAUAUUUGGUAGUGUCAACGAUGAUGCAUACAUGUCAACUAUGGGUGUUGGCUCCAACAAUUCGCAUUGGUCUCAAACCAAUGACAUGCAUUUCGAGGACCAUGAGUUCGAGGUGGACGAGGAUGGUGAGGGCAUUGUCGACGCGCCGAAAGGAAGAGCGGGCAAUUACACCAACGCCGAAGACAUCUUACUAUGCAAUACUUGGUUGCAAGUGUCGAGGGAUCCAUCCGUUGGAGGUGAUCAAAGUAGAGAUGCUUAUUGGGGGCGGAUGAAAGAACACUUUGAUGUUCGCAACGUGAGUGGAAUUGACCGCUUCGAGAGAUCACUUCGGUCCCGGUGGUCGACAAUCAACAAGGAUUGUCAAAAGUGGGCGGCCGCACAAAAGGCGGUUGACAAGUUAAACCCAAGUGGCACCAAUGAGGACGAUAGAUACAACAUUGCACAAAACUUGUUCAAAGGAGAGGAGAAGAGAACCAAGAAGGGGAAGAUCAAGAAAGGAAGGAUAUUUACCUUGCCUCAUUGCUAUGAAGUGUUGAAGGAUGAUGAGAAAUGGAAGAAGCGUGAUGAUUUGGAUGAUUUGGAUUUGAGCAACAAACGCAAACGAACAAUUGAGUUGGAUGAUGAUGAUGAUGAGGAGGAUGAUGCAUCAAGUGAUGACGGCAAGAGAAGCCCCACACCCAACUCGGUUUCAUACUCGAAGCCAAAACGACCGGAUGGGUGCAAGAAAGACGCAAAAGAAAAGAAGAAGAGGAAAGGAGAUAAUGAGCUCAAAAAUGCUAUGGAAGCUAUUGUGAAGGCAAGAAAAGAAGCCAACGAGGUGAGAAAAAUGGCAAGGAACCAAGAUGCCGCGGCCGAGGAGAGGAAGGUGGCUUUGGAUGAGAGGAAGAUGAGCAAUGAGGAGCGAACUAGAUUGUUGGAAUGGGAGAAGCACUUGUUCUUCUUGGACACAUCUAUCCUCAAUGAGGCGCAAAAGGAGCCGAUGGCUGCAUCGUAG